AAGGAAACAACGUAGCGUUCCCUUUUAUACAGCAGCCAGGCAUAUCGAUCAGCCCGUAGCGGCACACAGCUCGUAUGUUUCUGUUCCUGUCUUCCUGAGCCACCUAGCUGCAACGCGCGCGCGGGCGACGCCAAGGGGAUAAGAUGGCCAUUGGCGGAGGAGCGGCUCCGCACCAUAAUCCUCCCGGCGACGUGGACUCGCCCGCGGGCGCGCUCCCGGACUUCGAGCAGCCCCUCCUCCGCGCGCACGGCGGCCUUCAGGCGGGCAAGCAGGACCCCGCCGCGGCGCACGACCACGAGGCGCAGUGCCCGCCGGACACCGCCGGCGCGACGUCCCUACGGACCUGCUUCAAUGGCCUCAACGCCCUCUCAGGUGUCGGGCUGCUGUCCAUCCCGUACGCGCUGGCGGAGGGCGGGUGGCUAAGCCUGAUCCUCCUUCUCGCCGUGGCCAUGGUCUGCUGCUACACGGGCCAGCUCCUGCAGCGCUGCAUGGGCGCGUCCCCUGCCGUGCGCGGUUACCCGGACAUCGGCGCCCUGGCGUUCGGGCGCAAAGGCCGCUUCGCCGUCUCGGCAUUCAUGUACGCCGAGCUCUACCUCGUGGCCAUCGGCUUCCUCAUCCUCGAGGGCGACAACCUCGACAAGCUGUUCCCCGGCACCAGCCUCAGACUCGGCAACGGGCUCCUCGUCGUCUCCGGGAAGCCCCUCUUCAUCGUGCUCGUGUCCGUCGCCAUCCUGCCUACCACGUGGCUCAGGAACCUCGGCGUGCUCGCCUACGUGUCCGCCAGCGGCGUGCUCGCGUCGGCCGUCCUGGUCCUGUGCGUGCUCUGGGCUGCGGUCGUCGACGGCGUCGGGUUUCAGGGGAAGGGGACCUCCUUGCUCAAUGUCCGUGGCCUGCCCACUGCUCUCGGGCUCUACACCUUCUGCUACUGUGGCCAUGCCAUAUUCCCAACGUUGUGCAACUCCAUGAAGGAAAAGGACAAGUUCUCCAAGGUACUGGUCAUAUGCUUCGUGGCAUGCACCCUCAACUACGGAUCCAUGGCCAUACUCGGCUACCUCAUGUACGGGGACGAGGUCGAAUCACAGGUGACCCUGAACCUCCCGGAAGGAAAGCUCAGCUCGAGGCUGGCAAUAUACACGGCCCUCAUCAACCCGUUCUCCAAGUACGCUCUGAUGGUGACCCCUGUGGCGACAGCGAUCGAAGAGAGGCUGCUCGCCGGCAACAACAAGAGGUCCAUGAACAUGCUGAUCAGGACCUUCAUCGUCCUCAGCACGGUCAUCAUAGCCCUGACGGUCCCUUUCUUCGGCCACCUGAUGGCGCUCGUCGGCUCGCUCCUCAGCGUCAUGGCCUCGAUGCUGCUCCCGUGCAUCUGCUACCUCAAGAUCUUUGGCCUGGCGAGGUGCAGCAGGGCAGAGGUUGCGCUCAUCGGCGCCAUCAUCGUUCUUGGCUCCUUGGUUGCCGCAAGCGGGACUUACUCUUCCGUGAAGAAGAUUAUUGACGAGUUCUGAUCGAAGCCAAUUGUUCACGUCUGACAUGGUAACGCCGGUGUCCGGGCUGGUAUUCUGUUGAAAUGUAAUUUCAUUGCUCAACAGCAGCAGAGUAUUGUGGUUCUACCAUAAGAGUUGUAUAUGAGGCAGGCUAGUACAAGACCAGAGAAAUUUUAUGUCAAUACGUUAUGUUUCAGAUA